AUGCUUUUUACUUUUGUACUUGGGGUUUUGGUCAGCUUGAGAUCUUCUCAUGCUUCUCUCUUUAUCACUUCACCAGUUCAAAGUACAAAUUGUGUUGGAGGAAAACCAUGCCUUCUUACUUGGACAAAUGAUAAAGCUUUACCUGAGUUAAGUGCUUAUGGAACCAUGAAUGUUGGACUUUGGACUGGAAGUGAAACUCAACAAAUCGAAUUAAUCAAAUUAGGACACAUUGAUCCUAAGGAAAGUAGUACUAUGAACGUUAUUAUACCCCCAAAGACUGGACCAAAUGGAAACCAAUAUUUUAUUCGAAUGGAUCAAGCUGUACCUGAUCACCCAGGCGAUCCAUACCAAGCCUUCAGCGCUCACUUUGAUUUGUCUGGAAUGACUGGAGGGGUAGCUCCUGUUGUACCACCUUCACCACCACAUCCUGAGCCAGCUAAAGGAGUGAUUGGAGGUCCAAAUUCUAGUAUAAUCGUAGCCGUCCCACCUAGUUCUCCAACUGGAGCUCCAGUCGUUGGAAGGAUUGCAGGUACAGGUUCAUCUAAUAGUGUUUCUACUGCUUCACUUCCUGUUCUACCACAAACACCAUCUGCUUCAUUCUCUUCUCCUUCACCUAUGGCUACACCUCAAACACCUCCUUCUUCUAUUACUUCAGCUUUUUAUUAUUUUGUGCUUGCUAUUUUGUUAUGA